AUGCGCAUUCAAAGCAUUGCGCAGCAGCAACAAUUCUGCGAGGAUCUCAAGACCAAUCUAUCCCACUGCUACUGUUCCACAACUCUGGCUGGCGGUGAUCUCGAAACGGUGGAUGAGGUGGACAGCGGCGAGAGCGGCAAUGGCAACGGAAAUGGCAAUGGCAAUGGCAACGGCAAUGGCAACGGAAAUGGCAAUGGCAAUGGCAAUGGGAACGGUGCCAAUGGCGAUGCUGAAGCCGGUGCUGUGGAUGCAGUUGUCCAGCAGGACGAGGGCGAACAGGGCGGCGAUAGCGUAGCUGGCCGAUUGGAACGGGCCCACGGCCGGGCGCUGUCGCCGCAGAGCCUCAACACCGAGAAGGCCUUCUGUCCGGUCUACGUUAUAAACGGCGAAUGAGUUUACGCUCACUUUGAGUUCAUCGACGCCCUGAGCGGCCAUGAGCUCAACUUUGUUUAGCACUGGAGCUAACGCAGCACCGAUGCCCACCAAACAUAAGGAACCAUACACUCAUUGUGGACGAGUAUGCUUAGAGUACAUCACUCACCCCACCAUCCGAGACCCACCAUCCAAGAGAAAUCACUUUCACGAACCCACACUCUACUUUAACCUGGGCGGGUGCCAAGCCACCGACAACAACAAAAAAAAAAAAAAAAAAAAAAAAAAACACAUAAAAACAAAAAACAUUAUAAUUGACAUAAACAAACGCAAAAACAUAUCCGCAAGUUGGAAAUGGCAAUGGAACAGACAUAUUUGAGAUAUACACAAAUAGAUUCGUAUGUAGUAAAUGCAGAUCCAACCAUAGAGUAGAGGCAGACUCAAUGAAACCAAUGCACGGUCCUUGACAAAGUAAAAAUCUCGUAGUUAUCUAAGCAAAGUGUCGCUCCCAGUCCCAAUCCACGAUUGUAGGCGAGUCGCGUCGUGUUCGUCCGUCUGAGUUUGUGGAUCUCUUGAAUAGCUACAGAGAUGGCAGACACUUUGCUCAAAUUUUCCCAGAGUAGUAGAUCCCUAGCUGAGUCUGGGUGUGUUUUCAUAGGACAAUGUUACAGUUUACAUAUAUGGUAUCAAAAUAUUGAUAUAUACAUAUGUAUACAUACAUACAUACAUACAUAUAUUCGUAUACCCACAAGUUAGAUUCAUAUUUAUUCGAAAUUGCAUAAGGAUAUACAAAUAUUUCAAAAUGUUGGUGUUACAUGGUACAUGUAUAUGGUUAAACGAUAACAAGUUCCACAAUAGGUUUUAGUGUUGGGCAACAGCAAAAGCUAACAAUAAAAAAUGUAUUUCAAAGAUUCCAUUUUCAAUCUUCCAAUACUCUUCAAUCGAAUUAUGUUGACUCUAUAGAGACUGAAACUGUGUGUCCAUAAUGACUUCUACAACAACAACAACAACAACAAGAAAUAAUCGCCAUUAACUGAGAAGCGCUGAGAAAGGCGCUGCCGUAAUACGAGUUGUGAAUCGUCAAGCAAAUAAUAGUAUUCAUAUUAUCCAAAGAGUUCGAUUUAACAAUAUACACAAUACGCGAUACGAUACGAUAUGAUACUAAACUACAUACAUACAUACAUACAUACAUAGUUGAUAUUCCUGCGAUUCGAAUACGUUUGAGAGGAAACAUUUGAUUGAUUUAAUCGUAGUACAUUAAAAUUAAAAUACAUCUACUUGCGUAUUAAAUAUAAAGCGAGAUAAACACAACAAGAAACCCCACCAAAUGCGAGCGAUAAAGUCAAACAACCAUGAAAAGUAUUAACUAUAUUGUACUACAUAGUAGCAUAUGAUAUAGAAAGGUUUAUAAUGUAUAAGAUCUAUAGAGUAUAUAUACGUACAUACAUACAUGCAUACUUACAUAUUCAUAUACUCGGAAUGUUUAUAAUCAACAGCAAUAACAUCUAAACACUUUUGUUGACAUCAACAAACAUUGAGAUAUGUAUUUACAUAUGUAUUUGCAUAUAUAUGUACUUGCAACACUUUGAAGUAAAUUUUUCGUAUAGACAUGAUCCUUUUAUUGUUGAAAAUUCCUCGUUUAUUAUUGAUCUGAAAUCGUUGCCGCAACAUAACGAGAUUUGUGUUUGUUGAAUUGCAAUUUUGAAUUACCAACUAGAUGUUCGAUUGGAUACUAUUUUAUAAGCAUUGAUAUACUUGUUGAGAGAGCUUCGUUUACCCUUAUUUAUAGGUUCUUGUGAUAAUUUAACUAACUAUGCUCAUGCUUGCAUACACACAUAUACAUUUAUCUAUGUGUGUUGUAUGCCAAACUCUUCAUUUACAAUUCAUAUACAAAAAGAAAAGAAAUGAAAGGAAAAAAAAAUACGAUUGGAAUAAUACAUAGCUAAGACUAUAAAUAUAUAUAAACUAUUCAGUAUUGAUUAAGCUCAAAUAGAAGGACAAAUCAUAAACAGUUCAAUGGGAAGUACAUUCGAAACGCACAAGUAAAAAGCAAAGCAAAAGCAACUAACUAAUAUAUAAACUGUACUUUUAAAUACAAUUUUUUUGUCUACCAUAAAAGUAUAGCCUAGUAUUAAUAUGUCUGUAUGUACAACCAAAUGUUUUACAUGCAUAAGUUUUUAUUAGUAUAUAUAUAUAUAUACAAAAUAUAUAUAUAUUUAUAAC